GCUGUUGGUAAAAUUAAGUUUAGCCUAAGUUUUCUGUUAGUCACCUUAGCUAAUCUAAUCUCGUACACAGCAGAUAUGCAUCGAUUCACCGUUUGGUUUACAGAUUCCGUUAUUUCGUCAUUAACAGGGCGUGUUUGAUGUGUUUUAAAUUGAGGAGAUUUACGGAACGCAAUGUAUCUGUUUUCGCACUCAACAGGAAAAUCUGUCGGCGACACAGAGAAACUCUGGGGAAGUCUGAAUGAAACCAAACAAGAAAUUAGAGAAAUACAAGCCAAGAAAAACUAACUUGCUGCCGGAGGAAAUACGUCCUUGGACGGCGAUAACACCUCCGGAAAUCCUGAGAGCUUUUUUAAUUCAACAAACAAAAGAUUGGAAAGGCUGGAAAACGAGUCACGAAAUUUGAUCGAAGACAUCGAAAAGGCGGCAAAAAAUCUCUCACGCACAGAGUUAGAGAUAUCGAUGGUAAAGGAGGAGCUACAGAUUGAACUUGGUACGUUGCAGAAGCACAUUAUGCUUUUGAACACGUCUCUUUUAGACAAGAUCAACGAUGUUAGUAAGAAGACUGGCCCAGUUGGACCGCCAGGCCCUCCUGGAAAUUCAGGCAUCAAUGGAACUCGAGGUCCCACUGGUCCCAUUGGUGAAAGAGGCUUAAAUGGCUCUGCAGGGUCCCAGGGCCCUGUCGGACCCCGCGGAAGUGAUGGUUCUCAAGGCCUUCCGGGCAGUCCAGGUCCACCGGGCCCUGGAAACCUGAGUUAUUGUCAUUACAAAAUGGAGAGUUCUACCGGUGUCAAUAGUGGUUCAGAUGCAAACGUUGACGUUGUUGUGAAAGAAUUGAAAGAUGUAAAGAUUAUUGGAGUGACCUGUUCAUCGAAUGACGUACAGAUGCACACCUUAUCCAGCAUUGUCGACCAAGGAUUUCGAUACUACAGUUGCCGCUGUCGUGGAACCAUGGGCCUUGGUGCUAGAAACAAAAUGGUCUGCUACAUUCAUUACUGGGAGUGUCGUUUACUCACAUGAAGGGAAUUACUUGGUCCUGGGAAAUGCAUUAUCAUUUGAUCUGUUUAAGUAUUCUUUGUCUACUCCAUGUGGGUACUUUGCCUUCAGAGAACCCGUUAAUUUGUGAGCGACUGAUCAUUGUCCAGUCCGCGACUUACGUCCAGUUGUACCUUAUUGACUGUAGGAUAGCGUGGCAACCUUUUAACACUUCUUGUUUUACUUGCAUCAUACGAAGUAAUGUAAUGAUAUUCGAUACCCUGAAAGACAUACAUGUAACAUUUGAUUUCACUUUCUUGUUAACUGAUAAAAUAAUAAACUGACGAUGAUUGAAGUUACUGUCGAAACAUGUAUUUGAAUCUCAAAAGCGUUGUCUUUUUAAAAAAAAAUGUUCCUAAACUGAUACUAACGACCGCAUUCACCCUUUAAGCCCCAGUUACGCAUAUACGCGUAAUUAAUGGUCGUGCUCUUUGUACCACUUGUGACGUCAUUAAUUUAAAUGUCACCAGAUAUUCUUGAUAAGCAGAUAGUAGAGCUAAGAUGAACCUUUCGGUACAACGGUCGAUUUUGGAUAUCGACGACAUUCGGACGUAACAAAUUGAAAAACAAUGUUAUCAGUUUUGGUGCAAAAAUGGUGGUAAAAUGGUUCACUAUGCCUAUAACUGAUCAAGGUCCACUUCUCAUAAUUGCUCAUAAUUAAGUCCAAAUUUUGGCUUAUGCGCAUGCACCGAAUUGAAAUACUGCACAAUUUUGUACCUAAUCUUCGGGAAAUCUAUCUUUUUGGUAAAACAUAGCUUUUUUAAGCAAGACUUAAUUAGGCCCAUGUAGCGUCACGGCAGCCAAAAAAGCUGAUUAAACGGUAUUUUUUGGUGAAAAUCUGGUCCCAAAAGGGUUAAGUCGUUUAGCGUUUCAACAGUAUGGCUGGGUGUGUGGUAUUCCAAGGGGAAAGAGUUUCGAGGAACAGACGGAUGGCAUAUUGUAACCAAGCCAAUAAUUCUCUAUUUUCACUGCACGUGACUUCAUCAAAAUCUAAAGUCAUAAAUGACAGGCAACUCUACCUUUCAUCGCCUCUAAGAAUCCAUAUCUUCUUACAAACUUUCCAUCUUAGAACAAGUGUUAAUGUCAAUUACAGGAGGGCAGACGACCGAUUAAAAACCAAAAGCAUAUUCAAGAUAGUUCCAUUUAUUUUUGACUUCCAUAUUUGUACUUCUCCAAGGGAGAGAAUUAUGGCGUUUCCACGCUGGGCUCUGUAAAUUCGUGUACAAAAUUUUGCUGUUAAUUCGGGUACAAAAUACCACUGACGUUCGGAAAAGUAGAUUGUCCUAUUCAUCGUUCAUUACAUUGUUAUUCCAUGGUUUCGAUUUUACUUUUCAGUUAUCCCAUGAAACCUCAACCAAUCAAAACUAUUACUUGAAUGGGGUACGACGUGAUGUUAAACGGGAAUAACAGUGAAACUCGAUCACAAAGUAGGCAUGUUUCGUUUUCAAAUUUUCGAUUUCAAUAAUGAUAAAUUUAGAAAGUGGCGAUACAAAUCCAACGUCAUUAAUUCUACUGCACCUUAACAGAGGAUUCACUCACCUUUUGGAUUCAAGUACUUUAGAUGUUUCUGUUGCUAGCGAUAAGGGCGCGACGGUAGUGUCAACCUUUUAAAACCUUCGAAAGACGGUUAAGGCGGGCUUAUAAAUUGAAUUAAUCAGAUCCAUAGUGACGGAUUCAAGACAUCUCACAGCUCAUAAAGGGUAUUAUGCAUGAUACAGGUUUCUCUGUCCUAAAUUGUAAACAGCUUUCAAAUUAGAAAGCCUUCUUCUGUUAUUAAAAUUUAUUUCGAAAAUGUCCCAUCAGAGACAAAAUAGAACCAAGAAAUAAUCUUAACUUCGCUAAAACGACCAUACCGUUAUUUAUCGCUGCCUAAGCUAUUAUUUCUU